CAGUAUGCUUAUUAUGUCACUUGUUGUGUUUAAAUGUUUGAGCCCUUGGGGACUUAUUUUGUGUCUAUGAAUUGCAUGGUCAGCAUUUACUGACUUAAGUUUCCACGGAAUGCAGUGCAGUCUUGACCGUAUCCUCAUUGGUUAUGCAGCGUUUGCUGAAAGUGGGUUUCAUGAGGGAAGGUACAGACAGGCCUGGAGGAAAGUUGGGGAUCCCCGACCACAGUUGGGCGGAAAAAAAGUCACUUUGUCAGGCAACAGAAGGGCCAUGUCCCACCCGGCUUGGGGCUCCCAGCUCCUGCGGGGCAGGGAAAAUGAGCCACUGCCGUCACCAAGCCUCUGCUCACUGUAGGCUCGCUACAGGCACUCAGGAGACCCACGACAGCCAAUCCCAAUGGGGCAGGGAGGGCCUUCCUUCCGCCAGUCCCAAACCCAGUGGGCUCUGGCCCUCUGCUCCGCCCCUUCAGCUUAUUCUGACCGCUCAUUGGUGGGCAGGGCCCUGGGAUCACAGCACUGAUUGGCGGAUUGCUCCAACGCAGUUAUCCCCGCAGAAACCUCUCCGCGGGUGCCCUCACUCCUCCAGAGGUCAGGAAGCACAGGAGCUCAGAGAGGACGCUGGUCCGAGGUGGGCAGCGCAGCAGGGGAGACUGACCGGCUCCAGGGGGAAGACCCUGAGGACUCAGAUGAAGAAUGGACUCCAAGGCAGCGAGGCAACAUCCAAGGUGCCAUUAAGCAAUGAAUAUACUUUGAAAGAAUUGUCAAGAACAGCAAAAUUGAUGACCACAAGUGACUCAGAGGAGUCCCAGAAACCACUGCCCCCUCCUGGAGAAGCAUGUGCCUUUGGAAAGCGCAUUAGACAAAAAUCGGAACUCAAGAGAAAGGAGAUGGACGUAAAGAUGUACAGCCUACAAGAAAGAAAGGACCGUGUGUACCAAGAGGUCACCGAGCCCCAGGAUGAUGACUACCUUUAUUGUGAGAAGUGUCAGAACUUCUUCGUCGACAGCUGUGCUGUGCAUGGGCCCCCUACGUUUGUAAAGGACAGUGCAGUGGACAAGGGGCAUCCCCACCGCUCAGCCCUCACCCUGCCCCCUGGGUUGAGAAUUGGGCCAUCCUGCAUCCCUGAGGCUGGGCUUGGAGUUUGGAAUGAGGCAGCUGAUUUGCCAGUGGGUCUGCACUUUGGCCCUUAUGAAGGACACAUCACAGAAGAUGAGGAGGCAGCCAAGAGCAGAUACUCCUGGCUGAUCGCCAGAGGGAGAAACUGCUAUGAGUAUGUGGAUGGAAAGGACAGGUCCUGGGCCAACUGGAUGAGGUUUGUGAACUGUGCCCGGGAUCAUGAAGAGCAGAACCUGGUGGCCUUUCAGUAUCACAGGCAGAUUUUCUACCGAACCUGCCGGGUCAUCAGACCAGGAUGUGAGCUGCUGGUCUGGUUCGGGGAUGAGUAUGGCCAGGAGCUGGGCAGCAAGUGGGGCAGCAAGUGGAAGAGAGAGCUCAUGGCCAGAAGAGCAGAACCAAAGCCAGAAGUGCACCCAUGUCCCUCCUGCUCUCUGGCCUUCUCCAGUCAGAAAUUCCUCAGCCAACACAUGAAAUUCAAUCAUCCCUCUCGGAUUUUCCUGGGAACAUCUGCAAGAAAACAGCUCCUAGCAGAGGAACCCUGUCCAAAGGAUCGGAAUCAGCAGCAGCAACAUACUAGUACGCACAGCUGGAAUGAUAAAGCUGAAGGUCAAGAGGUCAAUGAAAGGUCCAAGCCUUUGCCUAAAAGGAUCAGUCAGAAGAGAAUCUCAAGACCCUUUUUCCAACCUUCCAAAGAAGGAAUGAGGAGAUCUAGUGACCAUGAGAGAAUGAUGGAGGAGGAGCCCCGCAGAGGCCAGGAAGAGAGUCCAGAGGACACAGGCAAGUUCUUUGUGAAAUUAGCAAUGUCAACAGAUACAACAAUUCAGCAUGGAAGGAGUUGGCAAGGCUUAAAUGAUGGGUCACACGUCAUCACACAUCAGGGGACACACUCAGGAGAGAAGCGCUAUGUCUGCAGCGAGUGUGGGCGAGGCUUUAUUUGGAAAUCAGUUCUCAUUGCACACCAGAGGAUACACUCGGGGGAGAAGCCCUAUGUCUGCAGGGAGUGUGGACGAGGCUUUACCUGGAAAUCAGUUCUCAUUGCACACCAGAGGACACACUCAGGAGAGAAGCCCUAUGUCUGCAGGGAGUGCGGGCGAGGCUUUACACAGAAGUCAGUUCUCACUGCACACCAAAGGACACACUCAGGAGAGAAGCCCUAUGUCUGCAGGGAGUGUGGGCGAGGCUUUAUACAGAAGUCAAUUCUCAUUACACACCAGAGGACACACUCAGGAGAGAAGCCUUUUGUUUGCAGCGAGUGUUGGCGAGCAUUUACACAGCGGUCAAAUCUCCUCAGACACCAGAGGACACACUCAGGGAAGAAACCCUUUGUUUGCAGGGAGUGUGGGCAAGGUUUUACAGAGAAGUCAGUUCUCAUCACACACCAGAGGACACACUCAGGGGAGAAGCCCCAUGUUUGCAGGAAGUGUGGGCAAGGCUUUACACCGCAGCCACAUCUCAUCACACACCAGAGGACACACUCAGGGCAGAAGCCCUAUGUUUGCAGAGAGUGUGGGGGUCUUUACACAGCGGUCACAUCUCCUCAGACACCAGGAGACACACUCAGGGGAGAAGCCCUAUGUUUGCAGGGAGUGAGGGAGAGGCUUUACAUGCAAGACAAUUCUUGUUAGGCACCAGACAGUACAUUCAGGGAAGAAGACCUAUGUUUGCAGGGAGUGUGGGAGAGGCUUUACCUGGAAGUCAGUUCUCAUCCGACACCACUGGACACACUCUGGGGAGAAGCCCCAUGUUUGCAGGUGAAGUGAGUGGGUCAUUAGCAUUAAGUCACAUAUCGAUAGUCAUAGGAAGUCCACAGCCCCUUACUCUCCCCAAGAUUGUAAUUACUAUAGAAAUAACUGGUUAAACAAAUCCUCCAGUUUGAUUACAAGAGACAAAAUGGACAGACAGUUCCAUAGUGAUAUGGGGAUGUCAGCACCAAACUCGUUACUGUUUUUUUUGACCUAUUGUCAAACUUUUUGUCUCUAUACACAUCUCUCAUUUUCCCCAUCAUUUUCCCCAUUUUCCUAAAGAGCCACAAAGAACUCAUUCCCUCAGUCACGGAAAUUCAACUCCUGUAAAUGUGUAAAUGUGGAAUCAGUGUACUUCUGUUACUCCCCAAAGAGAGGGAUUUGAGACAGACACCCGGGAAGGGAAUUCCCCAGACUCUUGGAAAGGGCCUUUUCUCCUAAUCAGUUCCCUACCCCUCCUCCCUUGGCUUCUCUUGUCUCUUCUGGUUUCCUACAACGUCUGGAGCCUCAGAGGUGAAUGGCAGGGAGAGAUGGGUGCUUGUGCAUAGACGUGAGCCGCUCAGUCUGGGCACCUGGUCUUCCUCACUCUCCUUGCUGCCCCUUCAGGGUCAGCAUUUGCUGGUGCACAGCGUACAGAUUCCACAUCAGUCCAUAGUGGGUGUGAGUCUCAGCUCUGUCUUCUCCAGCUGUGUGACCUGAGGCAAGAGUCUCAACUUCUCUCUGCCUGCUUCCUAGUCUGUGUAAUGGAAAUGGGAACUCCAGCCUUUUGGUUUGACAUUCAAAGUUGAGUCAGCACAGACAGAAUCUGGCAAGAGGAUGGCUGAGAUUGCAAGUCCUCCUUAACAGCCUUCAAUGCCCGUGUCUUCCUGGUUUUAGUGGUGGACAAAGGAAGAUAAGGACAGGUUAGAGGUCUGCAGCGGAAUUCAGAAUUUGAGCAGACCCCACUGCUUUCCCCACAUAGACUGAGCUGCCCUGAGAAGGAGGCCUGAGGUGGGGGAUAUGCCUCCGUCCCCAUUACCACCCUCUCACUGAGCCUGGGCACCCUCAGAACCUCCUCAACACAGGCAGGUGCUACUGAGAGUGACCUGUGAAACAAGACCCUAGUGCACCCCUGGCAGAGAACUGACGGGGAGCAGCACCUGCCUGCACUGGUGUGAUAGGGUAGAUGGUGAGCCAAGGCAGGGAGGAUGAGGAAGAUAUGUCUCACAUGACGUAAGAAGGCUAAACUAAUUGAAAUGAAGGUUAAUACACAGGAAACCAAUAGUGAUGGAAAGGAAACUGGGACUCAAAUCAAAGGAGUGGACCAGAAGGAGGAGAAAAAUGACCAAACAGAAAAGGAUGAAGAAACGAGUUCAGAAAAAGGAGGAGAGGCUUAGGAACCUUCAGGACAUCUUUAAAUGCUCCAACAUCUGAAUUAUAGGGUACCAGAAGGAGAAGAGGAACAGCCACCAGUGGAAAACUUAUUUGAACAAAUAAUAAAGGAGAACUUCCCUGGCAAAGGAAUAGACUUCCAGGAAAUCCAGGAAGCUCAGAGAGUCCCAAAGAAGUUGGACCCAAGGAGGAACACACUAAGGCACAUCAUAAUUAUAUUAGCCAAGAUUUAAAUGAAGGAGAGAAUCCUAGAAGCAGCAAGAGCUAAGGGGACAGUCACCUACAAAGGAGUCCCCAUCAGACUGUCAGCUGAUUUCUCAAAAGAGACCUUACAGGCAAGAAGGGCUGGAAAGAAGGAUUCCAAACAUGAAAUCCAAAGACCUAUGUUCAAGAUUGCUCUAUCCAGCUAAGCCAUCAUUUAGAAUGGAAGGGCAGGUAAAGUGCUUCUCAGAUAAGGUUAAGUUCAAGG